CUGGCCCAAAUCGGCUUCCGUAGCCACAACUGAAAAAUCUCUUUCACGCAAGCGCAGUGAGCUCGUGUGAGAAAAUGGCAGACGUCUCUUUGGAUGAAGUGAUACGACAGCGCGGUAUUAACCUCAAGGCACCAGCAAAACGACCAAUGUUCGGACGGGGAGCAGGAGGAGUUGGCAAGAGUUUUGAUGCUCGCCAAAAGAUUGGGGCCAAUGAUGUCAGACAGCGGCUUGGAGCAGGUUUUCAAGUGAAAGAUGCCAGAGAGAAGCUUGUUCAGAAGGAUGCUCGCUUUAAGAUCCGUGGGAGGGGAGGAGCAGCAGGUGGGGUGCAGGAUGCUCGGCAGAUGAUCAACUCCCGCAAGCAGGGGCAGAAGCAGUUUGGCCUCCCAGCGCAGACCACGCCAAAGAUGGCAGUAGCACACCAUCUGCAGAGUCCGACAAUCGUGCCACAGAUACAGAUACAAACCAACAACCAUCUUGUCGGCGUGAACAGCAGGCAGUAUAACCCUAAUAUACAAGGACUGAGUACGAGAGCCAGCGUCACGCCUCAGCUGAGCAAUAAUAAGAGAAUGAUGGAUGCUCGUGAUAGACUGAGCCUCAAGAGGAGUAUUGGAGGGACACAGACACAGGCAGGUUUUGUACCGCCUCUAAAAAUAACCAAGACCAUCCAGCAAAAUCCAGUAGCAGUAGGGAUGUCUGCUGGAAUCCGGGCGGCCCCACAGCGUCUCUCCAACGAGCACGAUGGCCACAGUAAACAAAUGAAGAUCACUACAGCUCAUAAUAUGCUACAAUCACGGUCUGGUCCAGUGGGCUCCACUUUUUCUAUGUCAGCCCCAAUCACCAAGGUGGUUAAAAAUGAUGCUUACACAGCUCCACGUCCUCCUGUCCCUGUGGCACCAACCCGGCCCAACACCAGCAUGGCUGCUAGCCGGUCCUCUGCCGCCAUGCAAGCGGUCUCCAGGACUCUGCAGCAAAGCACAGCAGAAACCAGCACAGCAGCUCCUGCUCCCCCACAGCCUGCCUUCAGUCCCUUGGAGGGGACAAAAAUAACAGUGAACAACCUGCACCCCCGAGUCACCGAGGAGGACAUAGUUGAACUGUUCUGUGUGUGCGGGGCAUUAAAGCGAGCUCGGCUGGCGAAGGUGGGCGUGGCUGAAGUGGUUUUUGUGCGCAAGGAGGACGCCGUGAGCGCGUACCGGAAGUACAACAACCGCUGCCUGGACGGACAACCCAUGAAGUGUAACCUUCACAUUCAGGGAAGCGUCAUCACUUCGGAUCAGCCCAUUCUAUUGAGGCUCAGCGACACUCCAGGCGCGAGCAGCGGCUCAAAGAAAGAUGGUCUGCCCCCCUCCCUGUCUCGUCCCGGGGGCCAGCGGGCCUCCUCUCAGCCCACCCCGGAGGUGGAUCCUCAGACCAUCCUCAAAGCUUUGUUCAAGUCCACCGCACAGUCCACCUCCACCACUGAGCCCCCCAGCUCUCAGGCCACGGCCUUCCGCAUCAAGAUAUAGCCUCGUGUCUCGUGUGAAACGUAGCGCUACAUUCUGCGUUCACCAUCGGACCGCAGCAGUGCGGCCCACAUUUCAUAUACACAGCAUCUCUGGACAGGAUAUUUGUGAAAAUGUGGUUUUGUGGCAUCCAAAUGUUAAGUUUGUUCCUGACUAGUGGAAGGAAAUGUGAUGUGAUUUGUUAUUUUAAUCCAACAUGGUGGCUGGCGUCAAAUCAAACUGGAUGUUUCGGAUUUUCUUUAUUUUGAUGUCGAUUCAUUAACCGCCCAUGUGGAUAGGUAUUUUUA